GACGCUUCUGCCGACCCCAGUUUGUCUACUCACGAUGCCUCUUCACACACCGAAGAGGUACGGGCGUGCGCUGCCACAUCCUCUUUCCAGAACCGGGCUAAAGAGACUAACGCUUCUGGUGCAUGCAAAGUUGACAAAAUCGGCGAAACAACCGGAUUUAUACCUCAAAAUUGCCACAAUAAUACAGUAGUCACAACUGACGAUCAACAUACAUUGUUAGCAAUCUUGAGCAAAUCUCCGAGCCGGGGCCAGCAAAUUGUGAAAAAAGGACAGUAUGAAUAG